UUGAAGGAGUAAAGUAAGAGAAUAAAACCGUUGUCAAGUUCAAUUUUGUUUUUUUAAGAAAAAAUUUAAUAAACAUUUUUAUCUUCGGGAUCCUAAGUUUAAGUUUACAUUUUGACACAUAAAAAGAUAUAAAAUUAGAAUUAAAACAUUUUCAUACAGAACCGUGACAUAUUCAAUAUUUAAAUAUUUUAUUGAUUAAUAGAAUUUUUCUGAUGUUACAUUUUUUGUCCAACGUUAAAAAAACAUCGAUCAAAAACACAAUUUUUGCGGUGAUAAAUUUUUUUUAGAAACAUUUUAAGAUGAAUUCUAUAUCAGCUUUAUUAGUGUUCGUUAUCAUAAUACUUUCUUCAAUACUAAUAGCUAAUUUUGCUAGUAAAAUAUUUACUGAUGACGAAAUUUUAGAAAAAUUGAAAAUGGAAGCACAGAGUCUGGGAAAUAAAGGGUUAUUUUUAAAACAGAAUGAUAUGAUUCUCGGUAAUUCGGAUAAUCAUUUGAUGUGGUUCAUGCAGGUAUCUGAUUUACAUAUCAGCAUAUUUGAAGACCAAACUAGAAUUUCUGAUUUUAGAGAUUUUGCUAAAAGUACUAUUGACAUAAUAAAACCUCAAGCUGUAUUGGCUACAGGAGAUCUAACAGAUGGAAAAGACAAAAACAAACUUAGUAGUAGGACAUACGAGAAGGAGUGGGAUAUUUAUUGGAACACAUUGAUGUCAGCAAAUGUUACUGAAAAAACUUUGUGGAUGGAUGUCCGUGGAAAUCAUGAUUAUUUUAAUGUGCCUCACAGUGAUUCGAGCUUAAAUUACUUUUCAAAAUAUUCAGUACAAGGAAGAAAAUUUAGGCGAUCUUAUAUGCAGCAGAUUGUAGUGGGAAGAGAAAAAUAUACAUUUAUUGCUGUUGAUGCAUCCUUAGAGCCAGGGCCAAAAAGACAACUUCAUUUUGUAGGAAUGCUCAGUGCUAGUGAUUUGAGAGAUUUAGUUAAAAUGAAUAAAGAUGCGAGAGCUUCAAAUUCAAAUUAUACCAUUCUUUUUGGACAUUAUCCAACAUCUUGCAUUUUGUCGCCAGGUGGUGAAAAGGGAUUACGGGAAAUUAUAGGCAGUUUCGAAGAAAACUAUGCUUAUCUAUGUGGUCAUUUUCAUACACAAGGAGGUUUCAUUCCAAGGAUGUAUGCCUUACAUAAAAAUGGGUUUUUGGAGUUGGAACUGGGAGAUUGGAAAAAACAUCGCCUAUUUCGCGUAGCUGCUUUCGAUCAUGGUUUGUUUUCAUUUACCGAUGUUCGUUAUAAUGAAUGGCCCAUAAUAUUAGUAACAAAUCCAAAGAAUGCUUUGUAUAAUAUGCCUCAUAAAGAAAAUAUUAGUAUACAAAAAAACUCGAAGUUUAUUCGAAUACUGAUAUUUGCUCCUACAAAAGUAGAAAAUUGCAGAAUAAAAUUUGACGACCAUCUGGAAAAUUGGGUAAACUGUUUGCAAGUUAGUGAUGUUCUACAUGUGGUAGCAUGGGAUCCAUCCAAAUUUAAAAGUGGAAUACAUAAUAUAUUCAUUCAUGUCAGGACAAUGGAUGGGAAUGUCAAGUUUAUUAAACAUCCAUUUUCGUUAGAUGGGACUCGAAUGAAUUUCGAUGUAUUGGCAAGCAUUAUUCUUACAUUUGAUUUAACUCAAAUAUUUCAAAUUAUCUACGGAAUAGCUCUUGCAGGAUGUAUUAUACCUUUAUGUAUUUUUCGUAUCAUCUUUGAAUUGGUACGAUGUGGAAAAGUACAGAAACCCAGAAUAAAAAGUAAAAUAUUGCGAAAUUUCGUGACAAAUUUUGGUCUUCUGUCAUCAAUUGAUCGUCUUUUUGUACCAUUAAUUUCAUACUGCAUCUAUAUUUCUAUUGGACCUUGGUCUUUUAUUGAAAUUGUUGAUGGAUAUAUGGGUGUGGUAUUUUUGUGGGGAUAUUUUGUUAAAGGCCAUUUUGUUCCGGGAACUCUUACAUAUAUUUAUGGAGCUUUUCAGUUAACAUUCUGCCAAUUUCCUUUACAUUUUAUAUAUGCAUAUGAGGUAAAAAAGCGUUUUAAUUUGCUUAGCGAUAACAAAAAACCAGUUGACUUAUCACAUCGGAAAAAAUUUUGUAUUAGCAUGUUUGCGAAAUUUUGGAGAAAUUUUCCGUUUUCACUUUUGAUUUUAAUUGAAAUUAUUUUAGCUUUUAUUGUUCUUUGGAUUCAUGGGUUUUUCGCAUUUAUUUUAUCACCCUUCAGAACAUGGUCAGUAGUUUAUCAUGUUAUGCUCUAUUAUUUCGCAAAAAACAUUCCGAAAAAGCAUUUUGAGUUGAUAAGCAGCGUAUGGUUGUAAUAGCUUGAACGUGAACAAAAAUCAAGUCAACGAAAAUAAUACCAAAGUUAUUUUACAAAAAAAGUUAUUUAUUUAAGUUAUUAUAGGCUUAUAAAUUAAGAUUAUGGAAUUAAUUAUAUAAUUUAUUAAUUUGAGAGUUUUUAAUUUAAUAUUUAACUUAAACAGUUUGAACACAUCAUUCAUACCUUGCAGAAAUGUGUAUUAUAUAUUUCGUUAUUUUAUUUUUCAUAAUUGCAUAGUGUAAGUGUUCUCUACGUUUGGUUAAAAAUUUAUCGACGGUUAAAAAUUGAUGUAAUUUUAUAAUUUUAAUGUACAUAAUACAUUCUGUAAGUACGAAGUUUCAAAAAUUUUAGU